CUGAUUGGCCGUGCGGUGUAAACAGCAAGGAAGUAGACUAAGCGCUUCAGUUCAUUGGUCAACAGGCGCUCAGUCGAAACGUGCGGCAAACGUUGUAAUACGAGAGAGUAAUAAUGAGUCUCCGGAAGCAGACACCAAGUGAUUUCCUGAAGCAGAUCAUUGGGAGACCAGUGGUGGUGAAGCUGAACUCUGGUGUUGAUUACAGAGGAGUCCUGGCCUGCCUAGAUGGCUACAUGAAUAUUGCUGUAGAACAGACAGAGGAAUAUGUCAAUGGCCAGCUGAAGAACAAGUAUGGCGAUGCAUUUCUCAGAGGAAACAACGUGUUAUACAUCAGCACCCAGAAGAGGAAGAUGUGAAGCCAUUUUACUAGUUUCUUUUUUCAUUAUUAGUUAAGUAAAUCGUUUACUGUCGAUAUGCAUAAUCCUCUGUUAGUUGACUAUAAUGUUCUAUAACUUUGUUUCAUGUUUUGUAACACAACAUUUGGUGUUCAGCAGAAUGAUGCAGUAAAUUUGUUUUUCGACAAUAGAACUUGCGUUUGUGUUUUCAUGAUUUAUCUGUACCUGAGAGGCUUCGAUGAAAAUUUAAAUGGCGAUAAUUCCGUCGUAAGGAGUCACUGAUUAGCACUUUCAAGUCUGGAGGUUGUUCAGGGCUCCUUUAUCUGUACCUUUAACAGUCCCUGCUGACUGUUUAACAUCAUUUAGUCGACUAUAGCCCUCUAUUGCAUAAUAAUGUUGCUUGUUUUCAAAUGAAUCAAUAGGUAGACCCCAACUGUACCCUCAUGUUGUCUGUGCUGGUGUUGUCUGCCCAUUUUUGUCCUUUCUGCCUACAUUAGGAAGCUCUAAUACAUUUACAAACGAUCA